UGAAACCCUAACUCUCAUUUCUGUGCCGCUCCAGCAGCUCAUUUCUUGGCAGGAAGUCGGUAGGCAAAAGAGAGGAGAAAUGACGACUAGGUUCAAGAAGAACAGGAAGAAGAGAGGUCACGUGAGCGCCGGUCACGGUCGUAUCGGAAAACACAGAAAGCACCCUGGUGGACGUGGUAACGCUGGAGGCAUGCACCACCACAGGAUCCUCUUCGACAAGUACCAUCCUGGUUACUUCGGUAAAGUCGGUAUGAGGUACUUCCACAAACUUCGUAACAAAUUUUACUGUCCUAUUGUCAACAUUGAUAAGCUCUGGUCCAUGGUCCCUCAAGAUGUUAAACUUAAAGCCACUAAAGACAAGGUUCCCUUAAUCGACGUUACACAGUUCGGUUACUUCAAGGUUUUGGGUAAAGGUGUUUUGCCUGAGAAUCAACCUGUUGUCGUUAAGGCCAAGCUUUUCUCCAAGAAUGCGGAGAAGAAGAUUAAGGAAGCUGGUGGAGCUGUUGUGCUCACUGCUUAGGUUUUUUGAAUUUAUUAAUUUUAUGAUUUUUUGCUUGACUGGUUGAAUGAGUACUGUUAUGUUAUGAGUAAUUUUGAAUGCUUUUAAUAUUUUUUCAGCUAAAUGUGUUUGACCCA